CGUGCGGCGCGGGCUGUGCGCGCGCGCGCCAUGAAGGAGACGCGCGGUACUUCCAGGCAGCAGAACCAGCCUCAAGGGCACUAUGGACUUACCUCUCCAAUUAGCUUGGCUCCUCCUAGUGACAUAGACCACACUCACACUCAGAAGCUGAUUGAAGCCAUGAAGCCAUUUGGGGUGUUUGAAGAUAAGGAAGAACUGUACCAGAGGACGACUGUCCUUGGUAAACUGAAUAACUUGGUCAGAGAAUGGAUUUCAGAACUUGCUGAGAGCAAGAAUCUUCCCCCUUCAAUAAUAGAACAUCUUGGUGGCAAGAUAUUUACAUUUGGUUCCUACAGGCUUGGAGUGCACACUAAAGGUUCUGACAUAGAUGCCCUUUGUGUUGCUCCCAGUCACGUGGAGAGAUCGGAUUUUUUUCAGUCAUUCUUCGAAAAACUGAAAAAUCGACAGGAAGUAAAAAACCUGAGAGCCAUUGAGGAUGCCUAUGUGCCAGUUAUCAAAUUUGACUUUGAUGGCAUUGAGAUUGAUCUUGUGUUUGCAAAACUGUCCAUGCCAACUGUGUCUGAUGAUCUCGAUCUCAGAGACGACUCGUGCCUGAGGAGCCUGGAUAUAAGAUGCAUAAGGAGCUUAAAUGGCAGCAGGGUUACUGAUGAAAUACUGCGCUUGGUGCCAAAUAUAGAGAACUUCCGCCUCACACUCCGGGCAAUUAAACUGUGGGCAAAACGACGUGGUGUUUACUCCAACAUGAUGGGGUUUCUUGGUGGAGUUUCCUGGGCGAUGCUGGUAGCGAGGAUAUGCCAGCUCUACCCGAAUGCUUUGGCCUCUACUCUUGUCAACAAGUUCUUCUUGAUUUUUUCAAAGUGGUAA